AUUGGGCGGGGCCGUUGUGAUCUGGUGUGUUAAUCCGACAAGGAUUGGUUUUACAGCAAAGCCGUGAACGAACCUCGAGGAGUUGCCCUUAAAACUGUGAAACAGCGACUUUAAACAUAAAGAAUGAAAACUCGGGAGAAAUGAAAGGAUAGGUAAUACGUUUGAUUGAUCAGAGUCAAACUUUAGAGGUGAGUUUAUUUUGGGGGGGACGCGCUGACGGUUGACGGGGCAGAAGGCUGGGAAGUCAACAUGGAUGUCCUGGGACUAACGGGGCGACUCUGAGGAGGAAUUAAGGCCGUUUCUGGGUUGUUGAAAUCGAAGAUCUUGUCUGGCGGAGCUGAGAAGUUUUUAAAAGCAGAGGCCAAUACGCCAGAUGUUAAGGCAGUGGAGGCGAGACGUGCCGCUCUCAGAGAGGCUGGGAGAAAACUCUCCUCUUGUCGGGGCUCCUGGCCCCCCACCCACCACAGUCCCAAUGGGGCCCAACAUAUCAUGGCUUUCUGAAGCCCCGCUGCUGGGCCCGGACCAGCCAAUCUUUCUGAUGACUCCAGCAGCGCAGGCAGUAUCUGGCUUCUUCGUCUGGACUGCGCUCAUCCUCACCUGUCACCAGAUCUACAUGCACUUACGUUUCUAUAGCUCGCCUAGAGAGCAGCGCCACAUCGUGCGGAUACUCUUCAUCGUUCCCAUCUACGCCUUUGAUUCCUGGCUCAGCCUCCUCUUCUUCACCAAUGAUCAGUACUACGUGUACUUUGAUACUGUCAGGGACUGCUACGAGGCAUUUGUGAUUUACAACUUCCUGAGUCUGUGCUAUGAAUAUCUGGGAGGAGAGAGCGCCAUCAUGGCAGAGAUCCGUGGGAAACCCAUAGAGUCCAGCUGUAUGUAUGGUACCUGCUGUCUGAGAGGAAAAGCCUACUCUAUAGGCUUCCUGCGAUUUUGUAAGCAGGCCACGCUGCAGUUCUGUGUGGUCAAACCACUCAUGGCUGUCAUCACCGUUAUCCUGCAAGCUUAUGGCAAAUACAAGGAUGGAGACUUCAAUGUUGCCAGUGGAUACCUGUACGUGACCAUCAUCUACAACAUCUCGGUCAGCUUGUCUCUCUACGCCCUCUUCCUCUUCUACUUCGCCACCAGGGAGCUGCUCAGCCCUUAUAGCCCUAUGCUCAAGUUCUUCAUGGUCAAGUCCGUCAUUUUUCUCUCCUUCUGGCAGGGCAUGCUGCUAGCCAUACUGGAGAAGUGCGGGGCCAUUCCUCAGAUUAACUCUUUGGAGUUGUCGCUCGGCGAGGGAACGGUCGCCGCCGGUUACCAGAACUUUAUCAUUUGCAUCGAGAUGUUUUUUGCAGCGCUGGCCCUGCGACAUGCUUUCACAUAUAAAGUCUACAUGGACAAAAGUCUUGAUGCACGAGGACCUGUUCUUACAUAUGGAGAGUUUGGCCGCUGCGCCCCGAUGAAGAGCAUCUCCAGUAGCCUAAAGGAAACGAUGAACCCGGGUGACAUGGUCCAGGAUGCCAUCCACAACUUUUCCCCAGCUUACCAGCAGUACACCCAGCAAUCCACGUUGGAGCAGGGGGCGCCGCCGCCUGUCUCCCGCACCCACAGCACCGUUGGCGCCCGCGGUGACACGGAGAAAACCCUCCUGCUCAGCUCAGACGAUGAAUUCUAGAGCGAGCGCUCGCCUUUUUUAAUCCAGCCGGUCCUCAUCGAUGUUUUGAGUUGUGUGCUUUUUUGUUGUUGUGUUUUCUGGGACUGCAAGGGCCUUCCUGCAUAAGCAUUACAUCAUGCACAUUACCCAGAUGUCUUAUUUGGUGGGAACACUUGCUGCUGAUUUAGUGUCAAACUUGGAAAGUUUGAGUCACGCUCAUUUAUUAUGAAUCAUAUGAGACAUUUGGGACAAUAGUUUUCCUGCUUGUAUAGAAGCUUAUUUUUGUAUUUCAGCUGAGUCAUCCUUUCUUCUCUCAGACGUGUCUGUCAGUGGCAAAUCAUUCAUCCUACCUGAUGGUAUUUUCAUGAAAAUGCAGUACAGAAAUAAGGAAAAUAAACUAUGUGAGAGAUACCUGCAGACCCAUCCAUAAAAAUAAACAGGUUACAGUCACUUGCAUGGAUUAAUGUUGUGGCUGAUAUCAGUGGUACAGAUGAGAGGGAGGUCGAGCAGCUUAUAGAUUAUACAGUUCAUCUGCUCCAGUGGGCAGCAAGAGUGAAGGGUGGCGGCAGCAGAGCCGGUCGGGAUUACACUUGUUAUUUGAAUGACCAGGAUUAAAGCUUGUGCUGGUUCACUCAGAACUCUGCAGGGCAAAAUGUAGGUUAAAUUGAUUGAAGGGAAAAACAGCAAAGGAAUAUAGGUUAAAGCUCGAUUUAGAUGCCUGAUCUCAUUAAUGGAGUCAUGCCUUUCUAUGUUUUUAAAUUUAUCAGCUCAAAUGAUAAGGCAGGACACAGUGUACAUGCAUAUUGUGAGUUAGUUGUGAGUGGUUAAUCUCAUGGUAUGUACCUAGCUUUGUGGCAGCUUAAAUAGUAUUUAUUGCCUGCCCAGACUGAAGUUGGACCAAUCAAAUUUCACAACGUCACAGCUCUGAUUGGCUUCAGUAAUUGAAAAACAUCAACCUGAGUAUGUUGUCUGCAUUUGUCCCGAAGCCCUCAUUGCAAUAGUCUUUCUCCUCAGUGGAAUUCAGUAUUGUAAUAUUUAAGUCUCCAGUUUAAAUACAUUAUUUUUGCACAGUCCAUAGCUCUUAUCCUGAGCUAUGAAAGCUUAACUCAACAUAAGCCCUUGUAAAUGUGGACGUAUCAUUGGUUUAAAAACUCAUAAUGCAUAAACUUUCAUUUUUCAUUUUUUUUUUUUUUACUUCCAUCCUGUGGUUUUUUUGGGGGAUUUGGUUAAAAUCUGCCACAAACAGAUAUAUUUUUUUUUACUCAUAACAGGAGUUUUUGAGUCAUCAGAAUGAGUCAUACUGAAUGUGUUCAAGUGUUUAUUUGUAGCUACUUUCACUGCUUUGCUGUAACUCAGUUUGAACACCAGGGGGCGACAAAGAAACUGAUACAACUUAAACACAAACACACUUUUUUUUUUUCUUAAAUCUUAUUGCUGUUUUGUUCUGUGUGUUUUCAUCAGGAAAUACAGGGGUGCUCCAGCCUUUUUCUACCUGACAUAUAUAUAAGUAUAGAUAAAAGAGGAGCUAUAGUUUAUCUUUAAAACUGAUUUUUGUUUUUAUUUGUUUGUUUUUGUGAUGGAUGAUGUAUUGCAGCACCAACAAGCAGGUCAUUUUUUUUUUUUUUUGGUCUACAGGUUUAAAGGAAAAGCAGACAGUGUGUCAAUCGCGCCAGACUACAAAUGCCAUAAUUCACUCAUGCACUCUCUUAUUUCUCCUCAGCAAUGAUGUUCAUGUUCAAUGUUAUAGACUAUUGUUUUACACAAAGUUUUAAGUGCUAUCUACAGCAGGAAUAGUUGAAGUGUAUUGAAAUAGUAAUUUGCUGUAAAGAGAUCAUGUUUAUUUUUUUUUCAAUAGCCUUUAGUUUCUAGUAUACUGUACAGGCUGCUUAUGAUGCUACUAUUUUAAUGUAAAACAAAUAUACAGAAGAAAUAAUAAAUAUAUAGUCUGUAUUUAGUUAA